AUGGCGCGGGUCUAUGCGGAGGUCAACCAGAACAUGCCCCGAAGCUACUGGGACUAUGACUCCGUCAACAUCAGUUGGGGAGUUCUCGAGAACUACGAGGUUGUCAGGAAGAUAGGCCGCGGAAAAUAUUCGGAGGUCUUUGAAGGCAUCAACGUCGUCAACUAUCAGAAAUGCGUCGUGAAGGUCCUUAAGCCUGUUAAGAAGAAGAAGAUCAAGCGCGAGAUCAAGAUUCUGCAGAACUUGGCAGGUGGUCCGAACAUCGUUGCGUUGUUGGAUGUGGUCAGAGAUCCCCAGAGCAAAACCCCUUCGCUCAUCUUUGAAUACGUCAACAACACCGAUUUCCGGACUCUUUACCCCAAGUUCAACGACAUCGACGUCAGAUACUACAUCCUUGAACUGCUCAAGGCGCUAGACUUUUGUCACAGCAAGGGCAUCAUGCACCGAGAUGUGAAACCCCAUAACGUUAUGAUCGAUCAUGAGAACAGAAAGGUUCGCGUCCUCCAAUCUCUGCGCCUUAUUGACUGGGGUCUGGCUGAAUUCUAUCACCCCGGCACGGAGUAUAAUGUGCGCGUCGCAUCUCGCUACUUCAAGGGCCCUGAGCUGCUAGUCGACUACCAGGAGUACGACUACAGCCUCGAUAUGUGGAGUCUUGGUGCUAUGUUUGCCUCGAUGAUCUUCAGGAAGGAACCAUUCUUCCAUGGCCAGUCGAACCCGGAUCAGCUCGUUAAGAUUGCCAAGGUCCUCGGCACCGAUGACCUGUUCGAUUACCUGGACAGGUACGAGAUCGAAUUGGAUUCCCAGUAUGAUGACAUACUCGGUCGCUUCCAGAAGAAGCCGUGGCACAGCUUUGUCAACAGCGAGAAUCAGAAAUUCGUUAGCAACGAAGCCAUCGAUUUCCUCGACAAGCUGCUGCGAUACGACCACAUGGAACGCCUUACUGCAAAAGAAGCGAUGGCGCAUCCCUACUUUGCCCCUGUGCGCGACGAAACGACGCUGCAGCAACUGCUCGCCGGCAACAACCCCACUAUCCCUCAAUCUUGA